AUGCAAGCCUGGCAAUACACAACCAUAAAGGAUACGCUAGAGAGCUCCCUCGCUCUCAACGAGACUGCUACUCCUCCCGAUGCAUCCUCGUUAAACAAUGACGAUGUUCUUAUCGAAGUCAUCACGGCAGGCAUCAACCCCGUCGAAUACAAACUUCCCGAGAUGCCCAUGUUCGGAAAAUUCAUGGUGCAGCCACCUGCGAGUCCCGGCCUCGACUUCUGCGGCCGCGUGAAGGCGAAACAUGCCACAAACGAAUCCUUCACCGAAGGCCAGCUCGUCUUCGGCGCCUUGAGCAUUGCGACAAAAUUCCCCAAGUUCGGCUCUCUUGGACAGAUCAUUAUUGCGCCAUGUUCUGGGAUUACAGCUCUUCCGAAGGGCGUUGAUCCCGACGGUGCUGCAGCUGUGGGCACAGCCGGCGUGACAGCCUUGCAAGCCCUUCCCCGGGACAUUGUCAAGCCGGGAUCGAAAGUCUUUAUAAACGGCGGCAGUGGUGGAGUGGGGAGCUUCAUGGUGCAAUUCGCAAAGGCUCUUGGGGCCGAGGUCACGACGACGUGCUCCACGGGCAAUGUGAAGCUGUGCCGCAGCAUCGGAGCCGACGAAGUUAUCGACUAUCGGCAGACAGAUAUCCUCGAAGCAUUGAAACAGAAAGGGCAGGUCUUUGACCUCGCUGUCGACAAUGUUGGCACCCCAGCCAACCUAUACGAACGGAGCGAUCAGUUUCUGAAGCAGGGCGGCACGUUUUCGCAGGUUGCGAUGCAGAAAUCAGUGGGCGCCAUGCUUCGCAGGAGCAUCUUGCCAGGAUUUCUUGGAGGUGGACGGAGAACACUUCGCACCGUGAGGGUGAAGAUGAACGAGGACGAUUUGAAACAAAUUGGCCAGUGGAUGGCUGAAGGAAAGGUUCAGGCCGUGAUUGAUGAAAAGUUUGAGUGGAAGGACGCCCCGAAAGCGUACACGAAGCUCAGAGGAGGACGUACGGUGGGAAAGAUUGUGGUUCGUCAUCUCUAA